GCUUCUUAACUUCUGCGCUCACCUCUCAGGACGAUCACUGACACUUUGAUUAAAAACUACGGACACUCGGUUAAUAUUUUUUUAUUACCCGUGAUUUCUCUUGGAUUAUUUUUAUUGUUAUUAUUUUCCUCUCAACCAGAGUGAUGGAUAUUUACAUUUUUCUUUCCGUGUUAUCUUUGGUGCACUCCUGGAUUUUAAGUACAGCGCUCUCAGCCCCAGUUGAAGCGUCGCCCACCGCCUCCCAAGUGCGCCAUGUGCGCAAAAAGCGCUGCUCCUGCUCCACUUUCUUGGACAAGGAGUGCGUGUAUUUCUGCCACUUGGACAUCAUUUGGGUCAACACGCCCGAGCGCGUGGUAUCUUAUGGCCUGGGAAAUGCCCCCAGGAAAAGGCGCUCGGUCCAGGUCGCCGUGGAAACCGAGAGCAGUCUCCCACGGUGCCAGUGCCUCCAUCAGGGAGACCUCACCUGCACCAACUUCUGCCAGAGGCCGGACCACAACCACCUCAGGGACGAGACGUCAACGAACGCCGAGAUUCUCUUUGCCGACGGCUCCGAGCUGCUGACUGACACGAGCAACGCUAAAAGGAGGACCAAUCAGAGAAGGGCGACGCCUCAGCGGCUCAAACCCGAGACCGAAACGUGGCUGCUUUUGCGAAAGUGGACGCGGCGCCACAGGGCGAGAACGCGCCGGGCCGAGAGGACGACCUCCUAAAGGCGCCGCCUCACCUUCAAGCCAGGCGGGAAAAAUGCGGAGUACCUCAGGGACGCAAUGCGGAGCCCAAAAAAGGCCGAGGACCACCUCAGUGUUGGCGACGCCAUCUUGAUUAGAAACAGACGAGGAGCUGAGAUCCCAAGACAUAAGCUGAAGAUUUUUUUCUUUUACAGUCAAACUACUUCAUCAUCACCUAUGUGCACUUCAAAAAGAACAUCAAGCAGCAUUUCAAGACACUCACUGCCAUCUAUGGAUUGUUAUAACCCCCCCCCCUCCCCCAAUUUGGGGUGUCAGAAUUUUGCCACUCUGACUAAAAAAGUUCCUACAUGUUUCCUGUAUGUAGCGAUGCAGUAUUGUAGCUCGAUCGUGGGAAUUAUGAUGUAAUGGUUCCCUCGAAAUAGUUUUU